AUGGCAAGCAAAGUUGACUAUCAAUCUGGUAAAAAACAUGGCCUUCAAUUAAAAAAUCAAGAAAGUGAAUUAGAUUCAAUAGCUGCAGAAUUUGCUGGUGAAUUAGAUGAAGCAACUCUUUCAAAAUAUAAAACUCAAUUCAUGAGUUAUGAUAUUAAUAACUCUGGUGAUAUUGAUCAUUAUGAACUCCAACUUUUAAUGGAAAAAAUUAAUCAACCAAAGACUUAUUUGGAAUUAAAAAAAAUGAUUGAACAAGUUGAUUCAACUGGUAAGGGAGCAAUUAACUUUAGAGAUUUCAUUAAAAUGAUGACAGGAAAGACAUCUUCAAUUUUACAAAAAAUUUUAAUGUUUGAAGAAAUGGGAAAGAAAUCUGAACAACCAAAAGGAAUUCCACAAAAAAGAUCAAUUAGCGAUUUACCAUAA